GCCUCUCCGUGUCCGCGAGAAAGAUCACAUCUUGAGCUAUCGAUCGCGCCGUCGGCGGCGCUGACGCUUUUCCGCCUCCACUGUUCGACACUCGGAGGUUUCGUUCUUCGUUCUUCGUUGCGUCGACCAAAGGAUGCCUUUAUGGGUUGGGGCUAACAUGGGAGCUUGCAUUGCUCAGUUCAUCUUCAUGAGAAAGAAGAAGGAGGAUUGACAGAAUAAGGAUUUAGUGCAAUGGGCGGGAUUUGCGCUAAGAUAUCUGCGCUAGAUAGCUCGCCAGAAGCAAUCACAAUUGACGGCAAUGGCUUUGGCGACAGUUUCUCUAUGGCUCACGAAUCUUAUGGAAAGGCAGAGAGCAUCUACAAGACGAUGCCACUGGAAGAAACUGUGGAGAAACAGUCGCGUGAAGGCACGUUCUCUAGAGUUGACAUGAGUGAUUUACGGGGAAUCGAAACUGUAACUGGAAAGCAGCAAUUGUGCAAAACAUCUUCGCAUAAAUCCAAGUCAACUGGAUCAGAAUCCGCGGCCUCAGGAAACUCAGGGAUGACAAAGGUUUCUGAAGUGAGUUCACUCUUGGGAAGGGCUGGUACUGUUGGACUUGGGAAGGCAGUUGAUGUUCUUGACAUGCUUGGUAGUAGCAUGAUAAGUUUGAAAUCUGGUAGCAGCUUCAUGAAGGGGGUCACAACAAAAGGGGAAAAAAUCUCUAUAUUGGCUUUCGAGGUGGCCAAUUCAGUAGUUAAAGGUGCUAAUCUCAUGCAAUCACUUUCAAGGGAAAACAUAAAGCAUUUAAAAGAAGUGGUGCUUCCAUCAGAAGGUGUGCUAUGCAUGGUCUCGAAUGAUAUGGAUGAGUUAUUGCAAAUUGCUGCAGCUGAUAAGAGAGAAGAGCUUAAAGUAUUUGUUGAUGAGGUUGUUCGAUUUGGUAACCGAUGCAAAGAUCCUCAAUGGCACAACCUAGACCGCUGUUUUGCCAAAUUUGAUUCAGAACUUACACCUAAGAAGCAAAUGAGAGAAAGAGCACUAGGGGCGAUGCAGUAUUUGAUGACAUUGGUUCGGUAUACAGCUGACCUGUACCAUGAGAUGUAUGACUUGGGUAGAUCGGAGAAAGAAUAUCAACGGAGACUUCAGGACAAGAUUGAACUUCCAGUUCAAAGAGGGGACAGCCAUCUGAUUCUAAGGGAAGAACUGAAGAGCCAACAUAAGAAUGUAAAAUUCUUAAAGAAAAAGUCAUUUUGGUCCAAGAGUUUGGAACAGGUCAUGGCAAAACUCAUGGUGAUUGUUCACUUUUUGUAUUUGGAGAUUCAUGCUACCUUUCAGCUUGCUGAUGGAGAUAAACAUGUUGGAGUUUCCAAUGUUCAUCAGAGAUUAGGACAGGCCGGCCUUGCAUUGCACUAUGCAAAUGUCAUAACCCAAAUUGUCGCACUUGUUUCACAAUCGAGUUCUGUGCCUCCAAGCACAAGACACUCAUUGUACCAAGGAUUGCCACCCAGCGUGAAAUCUGCUUUACGUUCUAAGUUGCAAUUUUUUCAGUUCAAGGAAGAGCUAACAGUUCCUCAAAUCAAAUGUGAGAUGGAGAAAACUUUGCAUUGGCUUUUUCCACUUGCAAUCAAUACAAUCAGAGCACACCAAGGCUUUGGUUGGGUUGGUGAAUGGGCAAAAACAAGGAUCGAAUUGAAUCAGAUUGCUGCUGCGCAAACUGGUGUAGUCAAGAUUGAGACACUCUACCAUGCAGACAAGGCAAAGACCGAAACAUACAUACUAGACUUGGUGGUGUGGCUUCACCACCUUACGGUUCGGUGUAGGCCUGGCAAUGCUGGCUUUAAUCCCCCUGUUAAAUCGCCUAGUUGUUCUCCUGCAACAAAGAGAUCAUCAAUCUCUUCACCAGUGAUCAAACCAAUCGGUUCUCUAUCUAAAAUUACCUCAGUAGACCAAGAGAUGUUGCGAGAUGUCAACUUGAAGAAACCAACUCCAGGGAUCCGCAAAAGCCAGGAAUUUGGCACUUGCGGACCAACAACUAGCAAGCAGAAGAUAAGCAGUAGUCACUCCACAACAAGGGAGUACAAAGAGUUUUCGCCUACGACUGUUGUCAGUUUCGACAUCAACAGGAAGAGAGCAUUAAGAAUACCUGAAAGAGUGGACCGAAGUACCAACUUACGAUCUCCGUAAAAGAUGACGAAUUGGUCUGAUUUUUUUCGUGUACAUCACAUGCAUGUCUCCCAAAUUUUGGCUGAGCCAAGGGGCCAACAUGAACUUGUAAAGAGUCACCAAACAUGUCUGUAAUGUUCGGAAUUGUUGUCAUGAUCGAUAUGUUCCAUGUGUACGACAAUG